AUGGGCUCUGAUAAAUCUUUGUGCAAUGGGACACUGGAUGUCUCCGUGACCAAAAAAUUUGGGCAGCGAGUCCAGAAGAUGGUGUCCGAGGAAUGUCCUGUGAAGAAAAGAUGUAGUCCGCGGUUAAGAAAAAUCCCUGAGGGUAAAAAACCUUUUUACGGCCCCCCUCGCAAGGCCUCACAACAGCACCCAAUCGACUUUAUCACUUCUGAUGCUGCAAAGCUUAAGAGUUUAUUAGAAUUGCAUGAGAAAGAUGCUGUUAGUGUUGCUGAAAGAAAGAUCAAAUGUUCCCCAACAAGUUGUAAGCCAAAUCUUUUAAAGAGCAUGGUGACAACUUUGGAUGCCUCAGCUUCUUGCAUAACUAGCAAGGAACACUCCCCCAAAGGUGGCUUGGAAACUUCAGAUUCGGCUACUGACAAGAAAUCAUUGGAUUGCUGUGUUACUUCAUAUGUGGCUCACACCAGAAAUGAUAAAGCAAGAGUCAAAAAAGCUCUUAGAAUAUACAAUAAAUAUUACCUUCACUUUUUCCAGGAACAGGGUGUAUGUGAAUAUGAUGGUAAACAACUUGCAAAGCAUCUUGAUCUGAAGAAAGAGGGUAUAUGUGUGCGAUCUAUCAAGCGUCCUGAUUUGAAGGCCAUAUCUAAGAUGUUGGAGUUUAAUGAAGUUUUGUACCCUACAAAAAGAUUUGGUCACUUGCCUGGUAUUGACAUUGGUUAUCAAUUCUAUUCACGAGCUGAAAUGGUUGCUUUAGGUAUUCAUAGUCACUGGCUUAAUGACAUUGAUUAUAUGGGAGAAUCGUACAGCAAAAUGGAGGAGUUCAAAGGGUACACAUUUCCAUUAGCUGUGGCAGUUGUAUUGUCCACACAAUGCGAAGAUGAUCUGGAUAACUUAGAAGAUAUUGUUUAUAUUGGUCAAGGUGGAAAUGAUGUAAUGGUUAAUAAACAUCAAAAGAUGGCAUGUGGUGAUUUGGCUUUAAAGAACAGUAUUGAACAUUGUGUACCUGUGAGGGUUGUUGGAGGACACAGACACACAAGUACAAAAGGUGUCUCCGCCUCCGGUAUGCUUGUUUAUAAGUAUCGCCUGAAGCGCCUUCAAGGACAGCCCAAAUUGACAACCAAUCAGGUUCAGUGCAGCAACGGGCGUUCCUCAAGGGUUCCUAUUAAAGCACCUGAGUUGGUGUGCCUGGAUAUAACUGAAGGUCAAGAAGAUGUGUGUAUACCUGUUAUCAAUACAAUUGAUGAUACCAUUAUUACCGGGUUUACGUAUACAAAAUAUAAUCAAGUGUUGAGCAAUCUGAGCCUCCCUACAAAUGCUCAAGGAUGCGAAUGCAAAGGAAAUUGUACGGAUCCAAGGACCUGUGCUUGCGCUAAACUUAACGGUUUUGAUUUUCCAUAUGUACGAAGCUCUGGGGGCAGAUUGAUUGAAGCCAAGGAUGUUGUGUUUGAAUGUGGGCCAAACUGUGGAUGUGGACCCGGUUGCAUCAACCGCAUAUCCCAGCGAGGGAUAAAAUAUCAACUUGAGGUGUUCCGUACCUCCAAUAGAGGAUGGGCUGUGAGGAGCAAAGAUUUUAUCCCUUGUGGUGCCCCGGUGUGUGAAUAUGUUGGAGAGCUGAGGAGGACAAAUGAGCUGGAUAAUGUUUCUGAAAAUGAUUACAUAUUUGAAAUCGAUUGCUGCCAAACAAUCAAAGGGAUUGGAGGAAGAGAGAGGAGGUUGGGAGAUGUAUCUGAAUCUGUAAGUAGUCAAUUGGAUGAAAAGAGCAUGAAUGAGGGUGAGGCUGAGUUCUGCAUAGAUGCAGGGCGUGUUGGAAAUGUUGCCAGGUUCAUCAACCACAGCUGCGACCCAAACCUUUUUGUUCAAUGUGUUCUAAGUGAACACCAUCAUCUUAGACUUGCCCGGAUACUUCUCUUUGCUUCUGACAAUAUACCCCCCAUGCAGGAACUUACGUAUGACUAUGGUUAUGCCCUUGACAGUGUUGUAGACAACAAUGGCACUGUAAGGACGCUGCCAUGCCAUUGCGGGACAUCAGAUUGUCGCAAUCGAUUGUAUUAGUUAGUCUCCCCCUUUCUUUACCAAUCGAUUGUAUUAAUUAUUCAUGAAAGACCUUCCUUCCUUGUGUCUAGUGGAUAUGUUAUCAUCUUAACAGCUAAUAACUUUUUCCCC